GAGAGAGAGAGAGAGAGAGAGAGAGAGAUGUGACCUGUGUACUCUCCUCUGCUUGUGGUCUUUCUGAUGUGUCAUUUCAUUAAUGAUAAUAACAAGGGGAUAUCAAAUCGAAGUGGUCUUCCCGGAAAACCAGUUACAGUAUAAUACUAUGGGUAUGAGGAGGAGGCACAACAGAUAAAAAUGCUAGGAUGGCUUGUAAACAACACUUUAAGCCGAGAGAGUUUGGACUUUCUCAUGGAUUCCCGGGAGCUUUCCUGCGACUCGAGUUUGGUCGCCCGCUCUUGUAUUUGCCGUGGUCUGCAGCAUGGGCCCUCUACCACUUUAUCUGGGUGUGUCUCGAGGGGUACUGGUGGUCACUGAAGUCUCAUUACGUCACGCUCGACUGGUUCCGGCAACUCAGCAACGUUGGUUACACUGUUCUGACGGCAUUCGCCCUCGUCGACUUCUUCAUUGCGCUUUAUGCGUACUGUCUCGCGCCUAGAUUAGCACAUGUUGAACCGGAAGUCAUGCAGUGGUACCACAAGUUUUCCUGGGUUUUGUACAAUAUUACCAUAACUACCGCAUUUUCGGUCACCGUCACGUACUGGGCGUUUCUUUCUGGAGACGGUUCAAUGAAGGGAAGUACUAUCAACAAACAUGGCAUAAAUUUUCUGUACUCCAUAUUAAUCAUCAUUGCAUCCAGAAAGCCCAUCAAGCUACAACAUGUGUACAUGCCAGUCCUGUUCAGUCUCUGCUACAUGAUAUUCACAGUGAUUUACUUUGCUGCCACGAAAAUCAAAGUAUAUCCAAUACUUGACUGGGAUAAGCCAGGGAAAGCCAUUAAAUGGGUUGUUUUAUAUACAUUUGUGUGCGUACCGAUCGUGCAUCUGCUGUUGUUCGGGUUAUACAGGUUAAAACUAUAUCUAAAAGACAAAUUGUCGAAAGCGAAAGACAAACCCAACGACGCUCAAUCUCAACGGCCCGGAAGUGACGCAAAUCAGAAUGAGAUUACCGGCGAGGCCUCCACGGCUCAACUUUUGCCGGUCUCAAGUGAUAAUGAUGAUCAGGGACUGACCAAUCUUAAUAGUGUCUAAGGAAACUAUCUAUUUAUACAUCACCUCAUUUUCAUCUUCAUUUGCUGUUUCUUAAUAUAUAUUUUAUAUCUUAUAUAUAUGACAAAGAUUUUUCAUGUUUUAUAUACAUAUAAUAAUGUUAAUAUUUAAAUGUCUAAUCUCCGUAUCGGAGUAUAAUGUCGUCAUUACGAUGCUCAUUUUUAAUUGUAUGUUUUAAGAUAUAUAUUAUUUUGUUUAUUGUUUCUAUUUUGAUCAGUAAACGUUUCAAUUUUUUUAAGUCUGUUUUUAAUCCAAUUUAUCAAUGUUGCAAUAUGUGAAAAUCCUGUUUGAAAAGGUCAUUCAAUUAAUUUUUUAACCUUAUGUCAUAGACAUUUGAAGUACAUUUGUAUUGUCUGGUUAAAAAAAUAAUAACACAGAAACGUUGAAUUAAAUUGUACACGAUCAGAUAAAAAAUCUCAUUAACAUGAUAAUAAUUAAUAAAUUUUAAUUCUGACAUCUAAA